CGUCAGAACCGGAGCGUCUCGAACCCGGGCUCUCACUACCGGGAGCCCAAUGCUCUACCAACUGAGCUACGGGACAGGCUCAAUACUUAAGUUAUUCAGAGUGCAUUUAAAUUUUGUUUUGAUCAACAAUGGUAUUUGUUUUGUCAGAAUUGCAUUUGCUUUUGUGUGUUAUGUGGAGCAGGGUGAAAGGGAAACAUCCAUUGAAGUGAUUGAUCUUCAGGCCUCAGGGUCCACCCCAGUUUGGGAGUUCAUCACUCCCUUGUUAUUGAUUUAUAUAUCAUUGACAUGCUUGUUGUUUCUCCAUGUGAUGAUCAAUUCUGUUUGUUCUCUUACUAUCAUCAUGCCAUCCCCAGGUCGUCAUGCUGCCUGCCCAGGACCCCAUCGCUCUGGUGGAGUGCGGUCCGCGCCCGGUCGGCCCGGACCGCGAGUCCGUCACGCCGCACAAACUGUCCCUUCUGGCGCUGGUCCAGCAGUACUCAGAGUCCCGCCAGCAGCUGGACGCCCCUCUGACGGCCCGCCAGCGGAAGGACACGUGUCUGCUGCUGCUGCAGCUGCUGCAGGGCCCCGAGCUGGACGGCGCCCGGCUGCUGGUGCAGCUGCGCCGCCGGCUGCCACCCGAGCAGCUGUCCGGGCUCUGCCGGCGGCUGCAGAGGCUGAGGGACGCCGGCGUGGAGGGGCUCUCCGAGCUGGUGGCUGGCGUGAAGCAGCUGAUCGCCGAGGCCGGGCCGCGCCGGCUGGCCGUCUCCUGCAGCAGUGUAGUCGGUUUCUUCGUGCGGCGUAUGGUGCUGGCCUUCACCCGCCUGCCGUUCCACGAGGUGACCAGGGUGUACGCCGAGUUCGCCGCCUACCACGCGGCCGGGCGGUUCCCGGACGGCGCCGAGGAGCCGCCGGUGCCGACGAUGGCCGACUCGGCCGACUGUAUGGACCUGGGAGAUGUGUCGGACGCCGCCGUGGUGUCGAUCGGUGGAGACGACGAGGAGCAGGCCGACGACAGCUGCUCCUGGGUCGGCCAGCGUCCGUCCCGUCGUCAAGCCGAACUACUCGUCUCCACGCAGAUGGAACUUCUUCAAACCAACGAGCGGCGAGCUCUACCCCCGGCUCAGCUUCAGGAGGUGACCUCCCGGCUGCUGCGAGAUAACCCCGACCUCGCCGAGGCGCACUUCCUCAGUUUCCUCAACUGCCUGCGCUCCAGUGAGCUGUGCGGCGCCGUGCAUAGCCUCUACCACAGCUUUGACAGGAUGGGUGCCGGCGGGGACGAGCCGUCCCGCGGCCUGCGGUACGCCGCGCUGAGCCUCGCCUCGCUACACGCGCGGUUCGGACACCGCGGUGCGGCGCUGGCGGCGCUUCGAGAGGCGGUUACAAUGUCUCAGGACAGUAACGAUAGUCGGUGUCUACAACAGGCGCUCACUUGGCUCUACAAACUCACUGAUGACGAGGAGGCGAGGCAGAGACUCAUGAGACACGCCAUAGCCAAGAGUGGUGAGCUGGAUCUACAUGAGUUGGCCUCGCUGGGAGUGCAGAACUACACAGAGAUGAUGGCACGGCGCGGUGCCAAGCCAACAGAAGCGUUCGAACAGCUGGCCAUUUCGGAUCAGAUCAACUGCCAGCACUCAUUACCGGCUCUUCUGGCGUCAGCGUACUCUGUGCGCUCGGCACUGUGCUCACUGUACGGCCGUCCCGGACUGGCCCAUCUCUGCAGCCAGCUUCUGCUCUGUAUCGAUACGAGCGGCUCGGGCCGGCACGGCGCACCCGUCUGUGGCGAGCCGGUGGCAUUGGCCGCCGGUACCGUGGCGCGCCACCUGGCCGGACAGGGCGAGUACGCCAGGGCGGAGCAGGUGCUCUCCUGGGCGGCCGAGCAGUUCCCGCCGGCCGGCGCCGAGGCCCGGCUGGUGCGACAGCAAUGGCUCGAGAUGGAGGCCGAGCGCGCACUGCUGGCCGGGCGAUGUGAGUCGGCCCAGGAAGCGGCCACCGCGCUGACCGCGCUGGACCCGGCCAGUGGCCGGCUGCGGCGCGCCCAGCUCCACCUACUGCGCGGCGAGCCGGCCGAGUGCGAGCAGCUGCUGGCCCAGCUGCUGGCCGCGCAGCCGCCGCCGGUGCCGGAGCGGCUGGUGCAGCUGCUGCUGCUGCGGGCCGAGCUGCGCGCCGCCAGCGCCGACUACGCGGGCGCUGCCGAGCCGCUGCUGGCGGCGCUGGCCGAGUGUCAGCGGCGGCGGCUGCGCGGCGCUCGCUGCUCGGUGCUACUGCGGCUGGCGGCCGUUCAGCUGCAGCUGGGACUCCGCGGGCCCGCCGCCCAGCUGGCAGAGAAGCUGGCCCUCCCGCUGCUCACUCACGGCUCUCUCCACGAGCGGGCGCGGCUCUACCUGCUGCGGGCCCGCUGUCUGUUGGCAGAGGAGCCGCCGCGCCGGCGAGACGCACUCCCUCUACUAGAAGAAGCCGCGCACCUGCUGACGCGGCUGCAGGCCUGGCUGCUGCUGAAGACCGUGUUCCACCUGAGGGCGGUCACCUUCCACGAGCUGGACGAGCGAGCCGAGCGGAACACAGCGGCGUCUCAGUAUAGGCAGCUGAUGGCGCAGCACCCCACUCUGGAUGGGGUGCACCUGAUGAGGAUUUCGUGACCUGAGGACGUGGGGACCUCGUGGACUCGUGGCUGCCUGAUCCACACCAGUGAUAACCUGAUGAGGUGAGCUAACUGAUGAGUGAUGAGUGAGUAGCGCUAUGCCUGUGAUAAGCUUAGCGCGAGUGUUAUUUUGAGGCAGGCCAGAAGGGGCGGACUUCGUCAAUGCUAAUGUGCGUUAUACAAUGAAAAUGUUUUCUGACGCCUGAGGAACAGUGUGUUGUCACUCAAUUCAGAAUAAAUGGGACUGCACACUGCACUGUGCACAGUGACAAAUCA